GAGGUUGACCUUGGUCCGGAUGCCAUCGACCUCCAACCAUUUUUGGUCCCCCAUUAGCAGCCAAUUCCUUCCACAACACCUGCCACGGAUCCUACUGACGCCAUACUUGAACCCGUUUGGAGCAAGUCUGGUCGUAGUGUAGACUUCCUUUUUCUCGAAGGAACUAAAGGAUCCCAACCGGAUCGUUUUCAUACAUAUCCUGACAGCCCGGUGCGCCUUGUGAGAAGGAUUGGCCGAAGGUCCCCUGUCGGUAAACGUAACAGAAGAAUCAAUUUUAACUGGGCAUCUAUUUUACAAGUUUCGCUUGGCCGUUGCGCCAAGUAGUUCGUCAUGGACUUAGACGGAAAAAUCGCCGAUUUGCGCAACAAAAUCGAAAUUGAGAAGAAAUGUAAGGAGGGAGCGGAGCAUAUGUUGCAGCAAUUGAAGGAUCCCAAUGCAUUACAGCAAUGCGAGAUGAAUGUGUUUGACUCUCUUCGCCGGCUUGACUUCCUCAAUCGAGAGCUACAGAAACUGGAAUCUCGAAAACGAGUACAAAGCGGCGACUCCGGCAUACGUGGAUUAGAUUCCGGAGAUCUUCAAACCGAGGAUUUCUCACAUUCAGCAGCUGAGAUGCGGCAAAAGAGGAACUCAGAUCCUGGGUCAUACCAGGAAACAGCAUUCAACGAAAGUGCACGACCAUCUUUCUAUGGGGAUAACCGCACUGGGAGAAUGUCCCUGACAGCAACAAUGCUCGGAGCCAUUCUUAAUACAUUCGGGGUACGCGGAAGGUCGGGGCAUAGCACACCCAAGAGCACUGCAGCUUCUAGUAGCAGCUCUUUAAAUUCCAUCGCAGCUCCCGACUCAAGUGGUAGCGGUGGCCAUGCCCUGACUCAAUUUGAUUACCUUAGACGCGAUACUCCCAUAACAUCCGAAAAAGUAAAAUACAAGCUACAGGAGGUCAAAUUUAAAUUAGAUGUGGAGCAGAAGGUCAAAACCGGGACGGAACGGAUGCGCCAAGCAUUGGCGGAGGACUCUGAUGCAGAUCCGAAGAGAAGACUGGAGGUGGAAGAGAAGAUGGCUGAGGCGAAUGCAAAGGUUGCCAUUCUUCAUAAGGCCCAACAACGCUACCAAGGUCUGUAUGUGCAAGAAGAUGAGGAAAAACGAGAAGCUCCGCUAGAUGUCGAAAAUACAUCGGGUCUUGCACCAUCGUCAUCCGGUCAAUCGGUAAAAACCAUGCGAAGACCAGCAACUGGACGGCUAAAAAUUCGUCUAGUUGCGGCAACUGGAUUACCCGGGAGGAAAAGCGCAAAAAGCGAGACAUAUGCAUCAAUACGAAUUGACGGAGUUCAGAAAGCACAAUCGAAACCGUCGCGGGGGAAAUGGAAUGACGAUUUCGAUAUCCCAAUUGAUAAAGCACAAGAGGUGGAGAUCGCUAUUUAUGAAAAGGGAUCCUCUGUUCUCGCCUUGUUAUGGUUCAAGUUGUGGGAGUUGGAAGAGGAACUGCGUGUGCGGUCGCUUGGGCCGUCCUUGCCACGCGAUAAUAGCGCGCACAGCGUUGCAGGUGGUGCACAUACAGUAGGCCUCCGACGAGACAGCAUUUCCGACGGGCAGCACCCGCCUGCACAUCAUCAUCAAGAGGGGGUCGAAGCAUGGUUGGAGAUGGAGCCAGGAGGCCAAUUGCUGGUAAAACUCAACUUCGUUCCAGAGUCCAGUAAAGCAAAGCGACGGAAGGACGGCUUGUUGCGACGCAAGCCAGUGCAAAAGGUGUUCCCAAAAAGAGGUCACAAAUUUGUUGCCAUGCAAUUUUAUCAGGUCAUGAAGUGUGCUGUCUGUGGAGAGUUCCUCAUGAGCGCUCAAGGGUAUCAGUGUCAAUUGUGCAAAUUCACAUGCCAUAAGAAAUGCCAAGAUCGCGUUUUAACAAAAUGUAUAACGAAGGCGAACGAAGAUGUGGACGAAGAUGCCGACGCUAAUGGUACCGGAUACAACCAACUUUUGAAACAUCGCAUUCCACACCGUUUCGAGUCCUCUACGACAGGAAUGUCUGCCAGCUGGUGCUGCCACUGUGGAUAUAUGUUGCCUUUUGGCAAAAAACAAUCCCUACGAUGCACCGAAUGCAGCGCCACUUGCCACAAGGAGUGCAUGCACCUAGUACCGAACUUCUGCGGGCUGAAGCCGCAGUUGAUUAAUCAAAUGAAAUCUGCCAUUGACCAGGCAGAACGUGUACGGAAGGAGAAAGGGGUAAUGCGCUCGGAGAUGGAGAGGCAGAAGCAACAACAGCUACUGCAGCAGCAGCAACAACAACAGCUCCAGCAACAGCAAUUACAGCAACAACAGCAGCAGCAGCCCGCAGCUCCCUCCAGAACCGAUUCCGCUAACGCAAUGCUGCAGGCUGGUGAUCGGCUGACGAUACCGGCCGGACCUGUUGCAGUAGCAAACACGAGAGUCGACAGUGUAGUGGGCGGCGCUGGACCAAAGGGCAUUGGCUUGGAUGAUUUCACGUUCAUAGCUGUUCUAGGGAAGGGUAAUUUUGGAAAGGUAUUACUUGCCCGCGAGCGGUAUAGCAAUCAACUUUAUGCCAUCAAAGUCUUGAAGAAAGAAUUUAUCAUCGAGAACGAUGAAGUAGAAAGCACCAAAGCGGAGAAGCGAGUUUUCCUCACUGCAAACGCCGAGCGUCAUCCCUUCCUUGUGAAUCUCCAUUCCUGUUUUCAAACUGAAUCACGCAUCUACUUCGUUAUGGAGUACGUUUCAGGUGGCGACCUAAUGUGGCACAUUCAGCAUCAACAGUUCUCAGAAAAGAGGGCAAAAUUCUAUGCCGCUGAAGUACUACUGGCGUUGGAAUAUUUCCAUAGAAACAAUAUUGUUUAUCGGGAUCUCAAGCUCGACAAUAUUCUUCUUUCGCUCGGCGGUCAUAUCAAAAUUGCUGAUUACGGCCUUUGCAAAGAAAACAUGCCGUAUGGUGCUACUACCAGCACAUUCUGCGGAACGCCAGAGUUCAUGGCGCCGGAGAUUCUUCUGGAUAAGCCAUAUGGGCGAGCGGUGGAUUGGUGGGCUUUUGGUGUUCUAAUAUACGAAAUGCUCUUGGGCCAGUCUCCGUUCCGAGGAGAGGAUGAGGAAGAGAUUUUCGAAGCAAUUUUAGAGGAUGAGAUUCUCUACCCAGUGAAUAUGGCCAAGGAUGCGGUUUCACUGUUGCAAAAGUUAUUGACAAAGGACCCAAGCAAGCGGUUGGGCGGGGGGAGGGGGGAUGCUGAGGACAUCAAACGGCAUCCAUUUUUCAAGGGUGUGGAUUGGGAUGCAAUGUUGCAACUGAAACUGCCGCCACCAUAUUAUCCCAAGAUCUCGUCACCAGAGGAUGUGUCAAACUUUGACGAGGAAUUCACACGGGAGAGCCCGGUGCUCACACCGUGCAACUCAGUCCUCUCGGCCGCGGAUCAAGCCGAUUUCCGAGGUUUUUCAUAUAUCUCAGAAUGGGCAGAGACUUCGCGGGCACAAGUAUUGAGUGCGUUGGCUGGGAGAAGAUAGUGCAUUCGGCUUCAAGCUGAUGCCAUCAGGUCAUGGUGGUGUAUGUACGACUAGUGCGGUGUACAUGGAUGGGUGGGGCUGCGCCAUCACGAUGCGGAAGCGAUUACAAUUGGACGUUUUAUUCUUUUUUCUUUUUUUUGUAGCUCAUGUCAUCAAGUAAAGAUAUAUGGAAUGUUGAAUAAUCAACAGGAUUGCAGCCAACAGCGUGGUCUGCUCUCGUCACACGUCUCAGCUAUUUAAGUUUUUUGAGUAAACAUGGUAGCAUUUACUUUGCCUGA